AUGGAAAGUGUCGUUGUUACUGCUGCUGAGGGUGCUGUGAAAACACUGCUGGGUAAACUGGGCUCUUUUCUUUCGCAAGAGCCCCGACUUCUUGGUGGGGUCAGAGGUGAGUUGCAAUACAUCAAGGAUGAACUUGAGAGCAUGAACGCAUUCCUCCAGAACCUUGCAGCCACAAGCAGCCACAGUGUCCAAGUGAAGAUCUGGAUGAAGCAAGUCAGAGAGAUGGCUUAUGACGCUGAGGACUGCAUUGAUGAGUUCCAACACCACUUUGGUGGCUAUUGUGGUAAUGGUAUUGUAGGGUUUAUAUAUAGGAUGAAGCAUCUUAUGUACACUCUGAAGGUCCGCCAUCGAAUUGUCAUGCAAGUGCAAGAGCUUAAGGUUCGUGCUCGAGAUGUUAGUGACAGGCAAGUUAUUGGUUUUAUACAGGAUGAUCUACUUGUGGGAAUCAACAAUCGGAGGGACAGGGUCCUAACAUAUCUAAGAGUGGACAGUGAUCAAGAACUAAGGGUAAUAUCAAUUUUUGGCUUUGGAGGAUUGGGCAAGACUACCCUUGCCAAGGCAAUAUAUGAUAGUCCACAGCUUAUUCCACCUGCUUCUGAUCAACAUGUCAGCUCAGACAUUGAGGAUGAACAUCUCAAAGCUAUUGAAAAGCUUGCUCCAUCAGAUUUCCCGAAUGAUCUAACAAUCAUCAGGUACUAG